ACAAAUGCCAAUCGCCACUGUUGGUUCUUUGUUGUUGGUUGUUCGUGAAUUUUAAAAGCUUGAAACUUACUGUUCUCAAUAUUUUAUUCGAUCUCCCAGGCAAUCUUUUUUAAAGAGUUCUCCGUAGUGACUGGCAAGGUCUACAUCAGAUAUAUUCAUGUUGCUGUGGAUGAUAUUACGGGAAAACCGUAGUGCGUUGUAUUUAUUUAAAGUGCAAAAUUCAUUUACCGUCGAAGUGUUGUGGGAGAAGUUAAUGUUUUUACUAUUAUAGUUCAUUGUUCACGCGGUCACAAUGUUGAUCGCGCCAGCAAACUCACGGUCUAGGGCAAACGAAAGAAAAGCUAAGCCCUACUGCAAAUGCUGGAACAAAAAAACUCCCUUACUUUGGAAGCAGUUAAGAAAUUGUAGUUGCGGGGAAGACAACGAUGUGAAUGAAUGGCGAUGGUCGACUCCUGACAGUAGUUCUAGUUGGGUUGUUAUUAGCGAGGACAGGAAGCAAGUCACCUUCCACCCAUUCUACAGUUCGGGCACCGCUGUUGCUAAAGGAGAUACACCUUUGCUUCACAACUACCACCACUACUGGGAAGUGAAAAUACUUACGGACACUUAUGGCACAGAUAUUAUGGUAGGACUGGGUACGGACAAAGUUGACACGACAGAAUCUCAAUUCAAGUUUACAUCACUCCUUGGUCAAAAUGAAGAGUCAUACGGUUUAUCAUACACGGGGGCCGUGAGGCACAACGGAAUGGUCGCCCGGGACUCGGCUGGCUUCUGCCGCGGGAGUAUCGUGGGCGUGCGUGUGGACUUGUGGCGAGGCACGCUCGAGUUCUAUCUGAACAGGAAACCGUUAGGCAUAUCGUUCUACAACCUGCGGCGGCACCGCGCGCUGUACCCCAUGGUGUGCUCGACGGCGGCGCAGUCGUCCAUGCGGCUGAUCUACGCGGCGUCGUGGCGCGCGUCGCUGCUGGUGGACGCGGCCAAGGUGCUCGCGUCGGCGCGCCCGCCCGGCCGCCCCGAGCGCCCCGUGCGCGUGCCGCCCGGCCUCUGGUACACCUUCCGCUCGCAGUUCUGGCUCACGCUGCCGUCCGAGGGGGGACAUUCGGACGAAGAAAGCGAAAAGGACGAGUCAACUGACACUGAAACUGUGAAAAUGACGAAAAGUAUGCUCAACGAGGUGCUUCCGGAUCAGUUCGUGAACGGAUACUACGUGGACGGCGUCGAACCUGACUAUCGGAUCGUCGUGCGGGAGUAACAUUAAAAACAAUAUUUUAUUAUGAGGCUUGAAUACUUCGUGUGUUUAUAUUAAAUUAUAGAAAAAUUGUUGUAGAAUAAACAUGAACGUAGCUAAUGAGUACCAGGUGGGGUCGUCAGCUGGGUAGAAUAUUGUUGAGGAGACAAAAUUAAAGAAAACAAACUAAAUUAAAAAUUUAUUACAUUUUUUUUAAUUGUAUGCGAUUGGUACCUGUAGGCUGUAUGCUGUGAUCCCUUGUGCCACACUCAAAAAAAUAAAACCUAGCUACGCUCAUGACAAUGAAUUCUUGCUAUGAACUUAUAAUAUACAUAUAAUAAAUUAUCUACAAAUGAGAUGUAAUUUUAGCAGACGCUUAAUAAAGCAUACGACUCCUGAGCGACUAUGUUUCCAAUCCUAGUCGCAAGUUUUAAUAUAAUUUGAUUGUAUAUUUUAUCCUUUAAUAUAAUAGGUUAAUGUUCGAUGUCAUAACAAUAAAAUUUCAAGGAUAAAUAACUCUUUUAAAUAAUUAUAUUCAUAUUUCAGAAGAGUAAUUUAAGGUAAUAUUGAGUUUUGUAAUUUGAUUACUUUUUAUCUUAGGCGUUUGAAUUUGUUUAGUGAUCUUGAUAGCCAUAACCCUAAAAUAUAUUUCACCUGACUUAAGGAUUCGACGUCCUUUUCAAACCUUGAGCAAUAGAAAAAGAUAGCAAUAGUUAGUAGUUUUGUCAAAAUGACGUAAUUUCUUCAAAAUAGUAAGUAAUUCUAUAUUUAAAUGAAUUAAAUUUGCUAAACUUAGAUGAAAUAAUCAAAUAUAUCGUAUAAAUACAAAUAUAUUUUUGGCUGGACUGAAAUGGACUUUGAAUGAUGGACUGUGACAGGGAUAAAUUAUAAAAAAAUAAAACGAGAAGUGUAUUUUCAAACAUACAAUGUUUGUAUAAUAUAUAUUAGUUUUAUUGUGAAUCUAUUCCACGAAGAGGCUGUAAGUUGGAAGAAAAACUUCAAUAUACGUAAUAUUUCAAUAUAAUUACUUAAAAGCUAAUUAUAACUAAUGUAUUGGAAAAUGUUGAUGAUGAAAAAAUUGAUAAAUUUGAAUGCGUGAAAUUAUUAAAUGGAAUAUUAAUGAUGUCUGAACACACUAGGGAGUUUCAAACAUAACGUGCAACAAAACUCAACUUCUACUUGAAUGGCUAGACUUGUUUGUUUACUCGGUGAAUGGCUUGUGCGAUGCUUUAUUGUUAUCGCAUCGCUAAAGCUCUUGGGUUCUUCUUCAUGUUGUGGAAGGAAUACUGUAAUAAACACGUCUGAAGUGAAACAAGUUCGAAACAAAUGCUUUGACUAAAGGAUUUGUAAUAUCACUCAAAAUAUAAACACGUUUAUAUUUCUUACAUUUCGUAUGUGAGUGCCCGGCUUUAUCGUGACCUUGAAGGUAGAAAAUAAAAUUAUGUAGUAAGUAAUGAAUGUAUUUUAACUUCAUUUUAUAAUUAAAAUCGUAGUUAUUAUAUCCUGUAGCUGAUUCCUGGCGAAAAGUUGUAUUAUUAAUUUAAAAAAAAAAAAAAACAUUUUUUAAAUUCGUAUUUUUGCACUAUCCUGAUUGUUUAUAAAGUCGAGUCCAGACAUGUGAUCAACUUUGUAACAUCAAUGCAUAAAUUCUAUUACCAAUUUUUUUUUAAGUUUUAUUUUAUAAUGGUAUUUGAAAACUAAGUAUAAAUUAAUCUAAAUUAUUGAUUGAUAUGUAAAGUGGAUUUCUUGGAUCAUGAAUAGGGUGGUUAGUACAGAUUCUACAUUAUAUAUAAAAUAUUAAUCUAAUUAGUAUCCUGCUAUAUGAUACCAUUAUAUUCAUUUUCUCUAUUGAAUUAUUCUUGUAGAAAAGAUAUUUCAAUUUAAUCGGUAAAUAUAAAUGUUUAAAUGUGAA